AUGGCGGACGGACUCAAUCAGGCCCGUGCUGUGCGAGUGGCCGAGCUCAUCAAUGACUAUCGAACUCUGUUGUUGCACAUUGCCCAGCAGAACGUCCAGAUCCAUCCACAGGAAGCCCACGAAGAAGGAUUUGUCGUGCUACGAGAAUGUCUAGCCGCUGCACAAGGCUUAAUGGCUGCCAACUACAACCCGGCCCCGAUGUCCGGACGAGGCAGUGCCGAGGCGGAGAAGGCAGAGCUCCAAAGAGUCAUAAUCGACAGCAGCGCCAGGCGGUUUCAAGCACACAAGAUCUACCUGCGAGCAGCAGCAGCACGCCGAUGGGCCAUGUCCCGCGCCAACAUUCUUCACGGUCAACCGUCAACAUCACAGCGUGUCGCGGCGCUGAAAACUGCCAGCACGACACUACACCAUGAGUUGGCGCAUAUCACUGACGAGCAUAUUGUCGCGGAUCUUCGAGCCGCUGACCUGCGGGCAGGACAUUGGCUCGAGGACGACCCAUCCUUGUCUAUGAUACGACAAUGGAUCCACGGACGGAGAUAA